UGGGGACUUAUUGAUAGAAUUGGAAUCUUUGUUAAUCAACAACGCGUCAGUCGCUGGGCCUACAUCACUCCAAAUGGUAUAUUAGUCACUCGCGAUGGAUUAAUAGUUAAAGAUCCUCAAAAUUCACUCGCAGGAAUCCACCGAGAGUAUAUUUACACCACUUGGACCAGAUUUGUUGACAUUUGUUGA